ACUCGUGUUCUUAUUCUCAUAAUUUAUUCAUAUUUCUUUCAUAGAUUCAUAGUUUGUGAAAUUGUAACUAUUGUACGGAUUUGAAUGCAUUAAUUGAAAUAAUAAUAGAGUACUUCACCAUAACUGAAAUCAGUACAAUAAGGUGUUUAAUUAUCCCGGCAUUUGUGUACAAGUAAUCAGUGCCUGCCUAAAAAUGACUGUGGAUAUUCGUCCCAAUCAUACGAUUUACAUAAAUAAUCUAAAUGAGAAAAUAAAAAAGGAGGAGCUUAAAAAAUCCCUUUAUGCUAUCUUUUCACAGUUUGGUCAAAUACUAGAUAUUGUUGCAAUGAAAACAUUGAAGAUGAGAGGUCAAGCGUUUGUUAUAUUUAAAGAAAUCUCAAGUGCAACUGUAGCAUUGAGAAGUAUGCAAGGAUUUCCAUUUUAUGACAAACCAAUGAGAAUUCAAUAUUCAAAGACAGACAGUGAUAUCAUUGCUAAAGUUAAGGGAACAUUCCAAGAAAGGCCAAAGCGCCCCAAAGCACCGAGAAGUUCUGAGGAUGGAAAGAAGAAGAAAAGCAAAGAUGCCAAUCGUAGUGUUAUUCCAGGAUUUGGACAACCCAAUCUACUUAACAGUGUCAAUGCAGAACAACCACCAAAUCAAAUUCUGUUCCUUACAAAUCUUCCUGACGAGACUUCUGAAAUGAUGUUGUCUAUGCUUUUCAAUCAAUUCCCUGGUUUUAAGGAAGUCCGUCUUGUGCCGAACAGACAUGAUAUUGCAUUUGUUGAGUUUGCCAAUGAGAUGCAAUCAGCAGCAGCAAAGGAAGCUCUACAAGGCUUUAAAAUCACUCCCACACAUGCUAUGAAGAUAACAUUCGCCAAGAAAUAAUCCACUGUUAAAAAUUUAGUUAUAAUAAAGAUUUUGAUAUCUCUGAGAACUGUUUUGAGCAUUGCACUUCGCCCAAGCAGCUUCUCUCUGGCUGUGAUUAGUUUUAAGUAAUCUACUUUGAGUUUUCUUUUUGUACAACUACACUUUCUGAUACUCAAACUAAUAUCAAUAAAUAUAUCACUCAAUGUUGUGAAACCAUGGCAGUUGGAACUACCAGUUGGGUACUUGCUUUAAACUUUUAUUUAUCAGAGGACUCCAUACAAGUGGUAGCCCAACCAUGUUAUACAUUUAAAUUAGAUUUUUUUUAUUUCGAUAAUGAUAAAUCAUCCUUUUUUUUGACCACUUGUUGUAGUUAGGUACAAAGUAAUUUUUGAAGUGUGGUGAUGGCUUAGUACUAUCCAUCCCAUUUUAUCUUGCGGGUAUCUCAAGUGACUUGGAAAUCUUACGAACAUAUCCUACUCAUUAUAUAUAGCUUUAGUGGAUCAAUUAUAUGAUACGGAAUUACAAGUUAUGGAUGAACUUAACCCUUAAUUUGAUUUUGACUGCUGGGAUGGACAUAACUCAAAAAAUCCUGUGCGUCUUGUAAAUGGAUUUUAAAUAUUUUUUUUACUGGCAAUUAUUUGUUGUUACAUAAAUAAGGUUGUACAAAAUGAAUUCCUAGAGUGGCAACACUGUAUCUGUUCUUUGAAAAAAUGUUGGCGAGAAGGCGAUCAUCUGCUUUUAGCAAGGUAAAACUUUUGGUAUUGUUACGAGCUUGGGGUUCGAGACAAUUAAAAAUUGCCGAGUUUAUUACCAAAAUUGACACUUUAAUUAGAGAACGCUAAUUAUAACUUAAAACCACACUAAUAACAAAACACAAUUGUACUACUGAUCACUAAUUCGCAGUUGUAUUACUUGUAAGUAUUGGUUUGUAUUGCCAACUCAACACUGACGCCGGUCUUUUUAUUAAUCUCGAUGCGAUUCAAGGGCCCCUCAGAAGGAGGUACGAACCUCGGCUUGAAUCAUUAUCGCAAUUUUGUUUACGGGACGCAAAAAUUAGAAACGCCCAGUAUCACGGGUGUUGAACCUCGUGUACGGGGUGUGUCUGUAACCUCGCGUUCGCCGACGAAGCGGUGUGCGCUAGUGUUCUGAACUAGAGUAGUGUCUUGAGUGUGUGUGUGUGUGUUAAUGUUAACUAAACGGGUUCCCUCCUAUUUCGACCUAUUCAUGGAAGUGAUCUCGUCGUCGGGAUCAAGAAGAACGUUCUUGGGACGUCUCCCGCGGGGGGCGGCAUCCCUCACUGGGGAGUACGAGCCCGCCUCAUUCACAACGGAUUUUUGUGCUCUUUAAUCGAAUUGAAAUAUCUUAAGGAUAAUUCCUUAAGAUACGAAUGGAUAGGAACAUGUCGAGGUCGAAGAUCCGCGUUCCUCACAUAAGAGAGAGCUGACCCCGGUUGCGGUCUAUACUGGCCUUAUAUAGGGCCUCAGAUAGUUUCCAGAACCUAGAACCUUCUACUGUAGAAUCAUCUAGAAUGUUCGAGUACAUACCGGUCCCGACUGACUAGUUGUCGAUAGUUCUAGAAAGUUCUUCUAUGGAAAUUUGUAGGCGGAUCUUGACUCUUUGUUCUGCUACUCGAUACUAGAGGGCGCUAGUGGUAACUAGUGUUGCCAUGUACCAUUCAUUAAUUGUGGCGUGCAACAGUAUUUUAAUGUUUUAUGUAACAAUAGUAAAAUUAUUUUGCAUUGGGUGAUAGAAUAUAUAUGUGUGAUUAUGAUUACCCGUAAUUCCUAACGUUUGAAGUGUGUUCUAUUGGUUUUUUUUUUUGCUUCUUAACCUCUUCGUCGGUCGCAGCGUACAUUGCCAAAGACCUAGACAUGUUGUUCUACAUUACAUUGUCCGCUGGGACGGACAUCAAAGUUCGUUUAAUUUGCGGUUAUGGGUGCUUUCUUCUUUGUUUUUUUUUCCGCUUGUCAACAGCACACACGUGCGUCUAGAAUAUUAGGCUUAGUUCCUAACCAGUAUGCUCCUUCAGAUGUAAGUGGAAAAUCAGAUUUUGAAUUUGAAAUGCAUGAUGACUGUCCUUCUACUAACAGCAACUAUUCCUCUACUGCACCUUUAAUUGCAUCUUCGCUUAAAAAUUUGAAUAUUAGUAUUUCUGAAGACGAACAACCUAAAAUUAAUGCAACAUAUGUGUACACACCCCUAGAUGCCACAACCAAAGCUGACGGGAUUAGGGCCCAUGAGUAAUCCCAUCGACGAGCAGCAGAGGGGCGGGGCCAGAAUAUGGCCACGUGGAAAUUCCUAAUUACAAUAAACCAGAUGGGAGGACGUUAGAAAGACAUAGUACUUACCAUUAUCCGAAGCUAACUUCGCACCAAGGCUUGGGCAGGCUGUGAGUGUGUGUAAUAGUGGAUGGCGAGUAGUGUACAGUGAGGUGUGAAUGUUUGGGGCCUUGUCAAGCAUAGGCGACCAGCCGCUGCCGAGUUCCAGGCUGCUCCAAAAUGCUGCACCGCUUCAGACUGCUUCGGCGCCCGACCACAGUCACUUUCUUCUUUCGUCACGAUGACAGUCAAUUAACUCUAUCGUACGAUUAACUAACUUACAGAAGCCACUAACUAUCGCGGGGUAUAAGGUUACCGCACAAACGCACACGGAGCCUCUGGACCAAAGACCGCUACCGUUUCGCGUUGCAACAGUUAGUUCUAGAAUAUCAGAGGCCGCACUAGCUAAUAUUGCCUAAUGCACUUAUGCAGAUUCUGAGUCAAACACAAUGAGUCCCUGGGAAGCUCUCCAGCAGGAAUGCGCGUCACAAUGAUAGACCGUAUAUUUACUGGCCGCGCCGAAUUAUUCCGAGUUCCCUAACAGAAUACAGCGUGCCAAUCGUGAGCACUGCCUAAGGACGACUGACUUUUCGCUCGCGACCCGCCCGCUCUUGCCACGCUCGGCCGAACUUCAAACCAGUUCGCACCGAGCCGAGUGCCCUCUGGCGUCGAUUCUUGACAUUAGCGUUUGGCGCGAACAAACCCCCGUCCCGGACAUAAGGAUUUAGGUCCGCGAGCAACCCGGUCAGCGGGACAAGGUCGCGACGACAAGUUGCAAGACAGAAUCUACAACCAAACUAGGCCACCUUAGGCACCCCAUCAGAUCUUGCAACCCUAACCAACGCCUCAAAAGAUAGCCCUAAUGUGGCAAGCCGGAGGGUCAGCCUCCACUGGAUGCCCCUCCUGGGCAUCGCAGCACUUUAAGUCCUGUACUGGAUAGAAAUCCGACGACCUCUUUCAAACACCUAUCUGUGCCCCUAUGGUUAGUUCCGCAAUCCGACCGGAUCAGCUCUGCAAACAGCGACGCUACACGAAGCUGCCCAGACAAAUUUUGUGCCAGCUGUUGCUUCAGUGCAGAGCGCACCCACAAAUUCCACAUGAACAUAGUCUGUUGAGAGCCGAACGAAACGCACAGAUAGUCCCUAGUAUGAAUUUUCAACAAGUAGGCUAGCCAGGCCACCCACCAUAUUAUCAUUUACUAAAAUAGUGCGGCAGCUGAUUUCAAUCUGAUAAUCUCCAAAACUAGCUAGCCUGUUAGGCAAGUAGUCCUAUGCUCAUAUUUCAACUAAUUUUUCAAAAGCAUCAAUGUUCAACUACAGAAUUAAUUCAACCAAAUUAAUCACCGAUGCGCAUAGGUCAACUUGCAAAUUGAACAAAACAAUAACGUAAGGGACAGCCCUACUUCUUCGCAAAGCAAAAUGAUUAAACACUAUCUAUGUAUAUGUUACAUAAUUUUUCAAAUAGCGCGCCAUUCUAUUUCCUUUCAGCAAACAGACGCAACAAUCAAAUACAGUGAUUAAAUAUAUGUACAAAACACAUGCAGUAGCAUUUAAAGGAGUAGAUUAAAUUCAAUUCUUUUAAUUUAAACCGCUACAGAUAGGAAAAUUUCGCGGAAAGCCCAAAGCAUUUUUUAAUUUUAAUUCAAAGUAUUUUUUAACUAAAUGCUCGACCAGACCAAAUCUAAUACCCCUUGACAGCGUGAUUCAACGCUCCAGGGGGGCCCUAAUCUUCCCACCACCAAGGGGAGGCCACAUGGCGUGAACCCGAGAUCGAUAGAGUGCGACUGCUAACAGUCGCCACUCGGGUUGUAAGCCUCACUGAGGACGUCGGCAACAGAACACCUUGACAAGUGGACUGUUGACGGCUCAAGGCUCAGUGGAGGCGGCCGUGGUGGGAGCUAAGGCGGCAGCUAGCCAGGGCCGCCUCCAUCAAAUGGGGAACAGUGGUACACCAGUCGCGGCCACUCAGCUAACGGGAGUAAGAAGGGUCCAGCGGACCGAUGAGUGACCGUGAAGUUCCUCUCCACACGCUGAGGGGGGGUGAUGACACCCCCGCCCCUGAGGGAAUUACCCCCCGACUGGGCGGGGGAGGGGCCCCUUCCAAACUUAGGGGCCUGGUGGCUGGCCGGCGGGCGCCGAUUGUCGCCCGGCAGAGGGCGUGGCUGAGCGCCCCCGCCCGUGGGGGUCGAGAGCCUGGCAGAGCCCCGAGAGGAGACGCCGUUCGCACCCAGGCACAAAACUGCAUGGUGAUUGCCCUGGCAAUGCAGACAGGGCCGCUGAUGCGGACAGUCUCGAUGGAGGUGCCCUCCCAGACAUGAACAGCACCAGCGGCGCUCCUUGGCGAUAGUUCGACUCGCCGAAACCAGCUUACCUAAUAAUUUCGGGCACGACGUUACCCGAUGAUCAAACGCUCGACAAUAGGAGCAGGGGAGGGUUGACGACGACUUGCCUGGAGGAUUCUGCCUCUCACUGGGCACGGCUCAUAAGUCGUCAACGGUGGCCGCCGCGUUCUCGAUCUGCCGGCACUGCUCCUCCAAAAACCGCAGCAGGUCAUAGAAGGGCGGAAUAUAGUAGGCCUCGUCCCCGCCGUACCUCUCCUCAAAAUGGAUUCGAAGGUCGAGAGGUAGACGGGACAGCACGAUGCGGAGCAAUAAAAAAGCCCAUUCGCCCACUGGUAAUUCCAGCCGCCUCAACGUAUUACAGGCCACCAAGACUGGAUCCAACAGGUCCGGACGUAGUCUGGCCCGGUCACUAAGCAGCGGGAGACUUAGAAGCUGCUUAACAUGUUCGUCCGCAAUUCGCCGGACGUUAGCGUAUCUUCUGGUUAGGAGGUCCCGAGCAGUCUGGUAGGCGUCGUCCGACAAUCUCAAGUGGCCGACGCGCCCAGGGCCUCCCCAUCCAGUGAAGCCAGGAGGUACGCCAUCUUUUGGAUCGGGGUCAGGUCACUCCGGGCGUCCACUAGGCUGUCUAAAAGACCAACGAAGGUCAGCCAUUCGGAAAGGACCCCGGAGAACUUUGGCAGGUCCAGAGUUGGGAGUCGUCCCAACAGCUCCGGCUGCAGCUGCUUCAGAGAGGACUCGGACAGGUCACUCAUCCGAGCUUCACGCGCCUCCUCGGCAUACCUGCCUUCAGCCUCGAUCAACUCGUCCGUGAGCCACAAGAACUGCUCAUAGUCCGCGAAGCAGGAGUCCAGCACUCCCUUCUCCACAUCCGAAUCCUCGAGCUCAGCGUAAGCCUCCUCCACUGCGGACCUUCGAGCAUCCACCUGCUCGAACCGCUUCAUCAAGUUAUGGACCAUAUCCGGUCGACCUAUCAAAGCAUGGGCGCUUGUGGCCCAGCGCAACUCAGUCCGCAGAAAACGGAUCAGUAGCUUGGGCGAUGACAUCACUAUUGAAUACAAAUUACGACGCGGCUCGAGCACAAAUUAC